UAGGCAGUGUGGCUUUCGCAGCUGUCCGAUCGAUCCGCUGUUUUAGAUCAUCUCCGCUAUCCGCAGGGUUUGUGUAUCUUGGGGAUUGAAGACUUGUGGGAAGUAUUGAAAAGCCCUACUGAGUAGUAUCCAGCGAUUUGUGUUAAGUGAAGUCGAAGGACACAGGCGCCAAUCGUUUGCCCAAGUUUCGUAAGCAUGCCGAAGAACAAAGGAAAGGGAGGCAAAAACAGGAGGAGGGGAAAGAAUGAAAAUGAAGCUGACAAAAGAGAGCUUAUCUUCAAGGAAGAUGGACAAGAGUAUGCCCAGGUAGCCAAAAUGCUGGGCAACGGCCGUCUGGAGGCCAUGUGCUUCGACGGCGUGAAGCGACUGUGCCACAUCCGCGGCAAGCUGCGGAAGAAGGUGUGGAUCAACCAGGGCGACAUCGUGCUGGUGGGGCUGCGCGAGUUCCAGGACCAGAAGGCCGACGUCAUCCUCAAGUACAACGAUGACGAGGCGCGCAAUCUGAAGACGUACGGCGAGAUCCCCGACUCGGUGCAGAUCACCGAGGCCGGCACCUUCGUCGGCGACGGCAUGGAUGACGACAUCCAGUUCAACGACGUCGGUGGCGACGACUCCGACUCGGACGACGACAUCGACAACAUCUAGCGCACGUUUCUGCCAGCUUCUCUUCUUGUGCUACAUCAUUAUCAAGUUCUGCGGGCUGCCAGGCAAAGCAAGAAUGCUGCGUCGGCGUGACUCUGUGGAUGAUAUGCACCGCUUUACCGGCGGAGUCAAAGGACAAAGCUUGACAGUCGAUUGAAGCUGGUGCCCAAGCGUUUCAAACGAUGCAGUUGCGUACCACACGGGUGGCGGCGAAAAGGGAAACAUAGCUUAUAAAAAUGCCGCUAGAUGUCAGCAACUGGCAGCGUUGGAUUGUUGCUUCCCGUAUUGGUGAUGGGUCGUCACCAUGUGUUGUUGCGCGUGAGAACCAACUGUGACGUAUGGCGUUCGGCUGAAUUUAGUGAACUGCUUUGGCCUAUCCUAAAAUGUUCUAACAGAGCUGCCGUCGUGUAUUCGGGCUUGAAUCUUCGGAACGCCUUUUAAUAAAAAAGAUGGUGCGGUCA